AAUUGGAUGAUUGGUCAAUAAGCGGACAGAGAGAACGGUUUAACCCGUCAAUGAGUCUCCUCCAGGCCUCCGGCUAGAGGAGGCGAGCAAGAUAAUGGAAAUGUCUCCAACCACAUUAGUUUUGUCACUGGUCGUAUUUUGGAGUAAAAUACCUUGGAGCUCUCAAGAAACCACCAGCUUCCAAAAAGAACAAACCCGUAUACUGAACCAGCUGUUGGAGAAGUACGAUCACCGAAUCAUACCCUACAAUAACAAUCGAACUGAUGACUUUGAUUCCCUGCCGGUCUAUGUAAACUGGAUCAUUCUACACAUGUCAGAUGUGUCUGAUGUUGACUGGGACUUUAGCAUAGAAUUCUUAUUAAAAUUGGAAUGGACUGAUGAUAGACUGAAAUACGAAGAUACCGGAAGGAUAAAGUAUUUGACUUUGACUGACACGUCGAAAGUUUGGGUCCCAGAUAUUUUUUUCACAAACGAGAAGAAUGGGCACCAACACAAGAUAGUAACGCCUAAUAGGUUUUAUCGCAUUUACCCCUCAGGAAAAGUGGUAUACAGCACCAGACUGUCAAUAACAAUGUGGUGUAACAUGGAGCUUGAAUACUUCCCUUUCGACAACCAGCAUUGCAGUGUUAGGUUGUUUAGUUACGCUUAUUCUGCAGAGGCCCUUGUACUAGUCUGGGAUAAGGGCGUUCCGAUUUACAUAACUAGGACGGUCGCUAACACAAUGGGUACCAGGCUGAGAAGGAUUGAUACUAAAUACUGUCACACAAAGGGCUCCAUAGAAUUCUCCUGCUUAAGGACCGAGUUCUACCUUAAGAGGGAUCGUCUGGAGUAUUACAUUCUACAUAUGUUCCUGCCCACAACUUUCUUGGUGGUCUUGUCCUGGACGUCUUUCUUGAUGGACCGGCGAGAGGUUGUAGCCCGUACCAUCCUGGUGUUGUCCACCCUGUUUGCGAUGAGCUCCAUCUCUACAUCCAUCGGGUCAGCCGUUCCUUAUGUUUCCUCUGUGAGAGCCAUGGAUGUGUGGGUUCGGGACCUGCUUCACCUUUCUGCUCUUGGCCUUGCUCGAGUUUGCCGUCGUCACCUCCUUAGGAUCGUCAGAGGAUAAGGCAGAUUCCAAAGCUGAAGAGCGCUCAAGAGGGAAUGCCAACAGCAGCCUAAAUUUUGAAAUUCAGGACAAAUCAUCCUCCAAGGCAGCGUUUUCUCGGGUCUGCGAGGCGCUUCGUGUACCCAAAGAUUCCGGACGCAUAGACUCGGCCGCUAGAAUUCUCUUUCCAGCAGCCUUUUUUACGUUUGUUUUUAUAUACAUCAUAAUGUACUAUGUGUGUGACAAUUCUAAGUUAAAUUAAUACUAAAGUAAGUAUGAUAUGGCAGAUGUCUCUUACAUAAGAUAAUAGCCUUAAAAUAAAUUAAAUUGGUAUUGGUUAAAGAAACUAUUCAUAUUUAAAUGGAGUUUUAUUUCUUAACAAUUGGUGAUUGACAGCUCUUUACUUAUUCAAGGAUGGCUAAGCUAUGACACAAACUAUAAAUGUUAUUUAGAACCAAGUAUUAUUAUUAUAUUAAUAAAGUGUGUGUUUCUUGUUCUA